CGCAGAGAAUAUAUCGCACCGCUGCCAUGGAUGUCAAUGUGGAUCAAAGUCUCGAUGCGCUGGCCAAGAGCAUGAAAAAAGCCCCGGCAGCGACGAAAGCCAACAAGGGCAAGGGCAAGGGCAAGGCCGCUGCUACGACCCCGCGCGGCCAGCAACGCAAGCAACAACAAAAGGGGGCCAAGGCAGCGGAGAGCGCUACUGCCAAGCGCAAGGCCGCCACCAAGGACCAACAGCAAGCCUCACGCAAGAACCAACGCCAAGCCGCCGCCAACGCCAAGCGCGGACUCCCGGCGGCGACCCCAUCACAGGCCGGCGGACAAAAGAAAGCCAAGAAGGGGGGCAACAAGCCCGUGAAAGCACAACAGUCUCAGCAACAGCAAAAGCAGAAGCAGGGCAAGGGCAUCAAGGGUAAGACCGUGGUUGCCACCAACGGGCCCAAGACCAAGAAGCUCAAAGUCAGCAUCAAGAACGAUGCCGCCAAAAAGGCGCGGGCCAAACAACCCGCCAUCAAGAGCAACCCCAACAAGGUCAAGCAGAUGAAGCGCUCCGUAGAGCGCAUCGUCCAGGCCGGAGGCCGCAUGCCCGCCGUGGCCACCAAGCAAACGAUGCACCAACGCUUUGCUCGCAUCCCAAGUAAAAGCAUGUGCGAGACAAGCUUUUUUUCUAUUUCCAAGGUGCCCCUCGCAGGUGUCCCGGUUGGUAUUGUGGUGUUGAGUAACAUCAAGGGUGACUUCCGCCUGGAGGCGCUUUGCCAUCAAGUCCAAGCUUGAACCAUAUGCAAUUGUUCAAGGUGAAGCGCCGUGACCCUGCCCGCUGUGGUGGCUCUCACUCCAAACGCCCCACGACCAAUAAAAGCGAGAUUGCUAGGCUGAUUUUUGGUUACUUUCAAUUCUUGAAGGCGUGCAUGGAGACUCGGGU